UUUUAAUCGGGAUGUUAUCCGUGGGUGUUGUUAGAUUGUCAUAAUUUUUAAUGAGACAUGGAGGAAAGUACAUAUGUUCAGUGUUCUUUGCGUGUCGUAUUUUUUCUUUCGUACAGAAAGUGAAAAAAACUAUAAAAUGUUCCUCAUGAAACGUGUCUAAAACAAGAUUGCUUUGCAUAUCUAGGAAUUCGGUGAAAAUCGGGGUCACUCCAAGGCAGCCUCAUCCAGCAUCAUCCGAAGUUAAACUGGCCCUAGUUUAAGUUCAAGGAAAAUCUGUCUUCACUUUGCAAUAUAGUAUAUGAUGAUGAAAUUACGCAAAAGCACAAUAAGAUUGCUUGCGUUGUCAUUAUUUUAUCUCCUGUAUCUUGUGAUUGGCGCUUCUGUGUUUUCUGCAAUUGAAGGACCACAAGAACGAGAAUUAAUUAAGAGUGUGAAGAACUUAAGGUCCAAAUUUUUGACUGACAACACAUGCUUAACAGAUGACAAAUUGGAAAAGUUCAUUGAAAGCAUUGUUUCAGCUACUAACAGAGGAGUGUCUGCGACCAAAAAUGUUACCAUGUCUGAACCAAACUGGACAUUUGGCCAAUCUAUUUUCUUUGCUGGAACUCUCCUUACAACAAUAGGGUAUGGCAGAGUGGCCCCUCUGUCAGAGGCUGGCAAGGGAUUCUGUCUCCUUUAUGCCAUGAUUGGUAUUCCACUGACCUUGAUUUUCUUCACUGCCAUCGUGGAGCGCAUGAUGAUACCCACCAAGAUGUUCCUUUAUUUCCUGUUCCGCAAACUUGGGCAUCUGUAUCGUGUGUUCCACAUACAGCUCCUUCAUUUCUUCAUUUUAAUGGUUGCUGCAAUUGUUUUCAUCUUCAUCGUCCCAGCCAGCAUUUACUCUGCCCUGGAACCAAACUGGGACUUCCUAGAUUCCUUUUAUUACUGCUUCAUCUCUAUGACAACCAUUGGUCUGGGAGAUUACAUACCAGGUGACAAUCCUGAUCAGAAAGCCCGAGCUGUGUACAAGUUAGGCACCACAGUGUACCUGUUUAUGGGUCUUUUGGUAAUGAUGCUGCUAUUGGCGGUCCUGUAUGACAUACCUGAGCUCAAUUUAGGCUUCCACUUCUAUCUGAAGAGCGAUGAAGAAGAAGAAGAAUGGGCCAGGCUGAGGAGUGGAACAGAAAGCAGCGGACCCAAAUACACCAAGCAGAGAGACGAUGACACCCACAAACAGACGGGGGGAAGUCAGAUGUAUCAACCCACCCAGGAUGAUGUAGCAGCAGCCACUGGGAACUAAUUAAUGACCAUAUUAUUCCUAAUGAGCACCAUAAUGCUCACAAAAACAUCAAUGUAAUUUGAAAGAGGCACCAUGCUUUGAUUAAAAUUUGAAUACGCAUGUUUACACUUUCAGUUUUAAAAAACACUAGGGGAUCAACACUGAAUUAUUUGAUUGACUGGGGAGGUUUGAUAAGUAGAGGGGUUAGGAGAAAUGGUUAAUGGGUGGGAAGAGCAUCAUAAAGGUGUUGGGUAAGGAAUGAAGGGGGAAGAACGUACAACCUGUCGGCCCACUUUGAGUAUUGGUGCCCAUUAGGAUGAAUAUGGUAGAAGUGCUUGGAUCUGUGUUUCAUGUAGUAGAUUUAUUGUACAUGAUGAGUGUAAUAUUGGUUUGUUUGAAAAGAAUACACCUUCUUGUGUACGAUAUACAUGUAAUACAAAACGGGUAGAUGAGACACUGUAGUAUACUGUAGGUGUGGAAAGGUUUAGUUUUUGUAGUGCGACUGUUACUUGUUCGCAUUUCAAAAUAUCUGUAUACAAAAAUGAUGGUUAUUGUAUUAAGUUAAUAGAUUAUUAGGAUUGAGUGACCUAGUUUUUAUUCAGCUAUUUAAGCAGUCACAGUGCUUCUGUAUGGGUACUUUUGAUGGUGUAGUCAAUAGAGGUAGUUUUAUGAAGGGCAUAAUUUGGCCGUUCUAACAUUUUGAUGUUGUUUAUGAGUAAUGUACCCAUCCAACGGAUUUGUGUUCACUAGUCUCUCAUUAUGACACUGUGUGUCUAUUUACUGUGUUAUGACAUCACAAUCUGCAAUAUUAUUGUUUCUCAUUAUGACACUGUGCGCCUAUUUACUGUGUUAUGACAUCAUAAUCUGCAAUAUUAAUUUCCAAAUUCUUGAAAUUGUAAAAUAUGCUAAAUCUAUUGGCUUUUGACAAAUUUUUCAUGUGCAGUUCAAACUUCAAUCAAUCCAGUUUUAAAAGGACAUGCAUGGGUGAUUGAUAAUCAGGAAAACGUAUGGGAUGUGGGCUGGUGCAAUUUAAAUAUUGAUUGUUAAAUAUCUGUUGAAAUACUCGUUUUGAACAAAAUUUCAGAUGCUUCUUACUCUCGUAUCUGGACUCUCUGGGUGAAACCCUUGUUAUGGAUAGACUGAAGCCUCGUCUUGUAUUGUAUGUGUGCUUAUUUUAGCGUGUCUGAAAUUUGGCACAAUUAUAGCUGAUGCACUAUUUGGCGUGAUCAUGAUUUAGCACUUUUUCUGUGUUUGAUACCCAGUAAUGGAUGAAUUACAGAUUUUCAUAUUUUAGCACAACCUUAAAUUAGCACUCUUGCUUUAAACGUGCUAAUACCAAACAAACUUUGAAUCUCACUUAAUAAGUGCACGUACAGUAUGUAGAAAAUUGAACACAACCUGCCAUUUCUUAUGAUUGCAAAUAUGGACUAGUUCUUGAAUGCAAGAGAGAAUGGAGCACAAUUAUGAAUUAACACAAUAUGUUGCUCUCUGGUACACAUAAGCAGAUGUUUUCUACUCGCACACAAAAAGAAAAAGUUGCUUCUUACUUUUAUCAUGCUAUAGCUAAAAAUCCAAAUACAGUGAACUCUGUCCCCGAGUCUCGUGCACCUUAAUCUUCCAACAUUGCUGAAAGAGCACCUGUGUUCACUAGCACCUUAGGAAAAACAGAACUACAGGGUAUUUCAAUAGUAGUGAUGGAUUUUUUAAUCCCAAUCAGCGAGAGAGAGAGAUUGCCCAGGAAGUAAAGUACACUAGACAUACAUAUGUACAUUGCAUAUUUAUAUAGAAAUGUUCCAAGGCAUUCCACACAAGGAUUUUAUUGUUUUCUGUUAUUCUAUGAACACAUAUAAUGGUAGCUUUGUAAGUUAUAUUGUUGAAGAUGGAAAUACAUGUAUCAUAUUUCCUCAAAUGUUAUAUUAAUUACUGUGGAAUCACUAGAAUUCGUGGUGGCUCAAUUUUCGUGGAAUUCGUGGGUACCCCUAACCCAUGAAUUUACAUCCUCAACAAAUAAAGAAUCAUAAUUACAUUCCAUAGUUAUCUUUCUUACAAAUAUAUAAAUCCACGAAAUUUCGUCCCCACAAACCCGUAAAAAUUCAGCAAUCCACGAAAAUUAGCCCCCACAAAUUUAAAUGAUUCUACAGUACCUUUAUUAGGAAAAUAACUCCCGUAUUGGUGGUACUGUAUAUCGGGUAAUUUUAGUGCACUGCAAAUGUUGGGUUUCUUUUGGUGAAUGAGAAAAAUACGCCAGAAAUCAAAAUUCAAUUCAUAGCACCAAAAAAUAAAGCGCUAUUAGAUUCAAACUACUUUAUUUAUAAAAUUCCAUUAAAUUUUCUUGAUGCCGAAAUUUCCCUUUAUACAGUAUUUUAUUGUUCUGUUGGUUGUUAUAAAUAGUGCAAGAUAGAGUAUUGUUGAUUUGUGCAGGUUGUAUAUUGAAGUGCAUAAAAAAUAUUUGCAUGUUGUUUUUUGUUAAUGUAACUACAUGUCUUAUACAGAGUAGAUAGCAAUAUUUGUAUGUCCCUGUUGAUUUUAAUAUAUUUUACAUGUAUAUUUAAAACAAAGUUUAAUUCAUACUUAAAGAUGAUGCAGAAUGUUAUGAAAUGAUCAUGAAUUUGACACAAUUAGGAAGAGGUACACCAUGCCAUUACUUAUCAGAAAACCUGUCCCAUUUUAUCACUUUUAUUACAGCCUUUCAAAAAAAAAUCGAAUAGUCUAGGCAUGUUUAAGAAUUGCCAAAUUCAUUUGUCCAUCCUACUAUGUCAACAAGUGCAAAAGAAUCAAGUUCUAGAAGUGUUCUUGUGAUAUAUUACUGGAAAGAGAACAAUGCAAAUAUGGUCAUUCUCGAGGUAGCUGAGAUCACCAAGUACAAAGACUUUCGAUUGUCAAAUUUAUCUGAUGAAGCAUGGGUAUUAUUCUAAAACAUUGUCAUUUCCGACACUUCCAGUCAACCAAGAUUAUCUCAGAUCCGAGAUUUCUCACCGAAUUAUGCCACCAAGAUAAUAGUUUCUCAAAUUCAAAUGCCUCUUGGAGCUUCUUCUUCAGAUUUGAGAUUAUUUUUGAUUAGCAUUACAAUUCAAUUUUUUUUAAAAUCUGUGACAUCCCCUAUUAUUCUUACAUGAAAGCUCACUUCUGAUUUUUAAGUUUCUUUUAUGACCUUGGAGGCAAUAUGUCAGGUUGAAUGAUCAGUGCUCUGAGCUUUUUUUGCCUGUGUAUUUCAUUCGCAUACCAGGGUGGUGUUCAGGAUCCCCCAGAUGGUAUAUAAUUAGUCACACGACAUACUUCUGUUACACUUACAGUGGAGUAAAUUUGUAAAUCAUAUGUAAACACAAAGCUACUUUAAAUAUAGUUCUUACUUAUAUCAUUUCAGUUUGAUAUCCAGCUUUAAUUCCUUGUGUUGGGGCUAAAUUAGUUUUCAAGUAUGUAGUUCAAUAUCUAGAUUGUACCUCAGCACUAGUGCUACAAUGUUAUUUAAGCAGGCGAGAACUCUGGAGGUUCUCUAGAAAUCCAUCCAUUCCUUAAAAAUGUCUUUCUUUUACUUUGAAUAUAUGCUUUGCUUUAUAUGUAUUGACUGUUUUGAACUAUUUACAUUUCAAAGAAUCUCACUUUAUGUUCAAUGCUUUGAUGCACACAUCCGUGUUGCAGUGAUUUUCAGUUCAAGAUUUACUUGAUUGAGAAUCGAUUAUUGUACUUUUCAGUUUCUAUUGUGAACGUUUAUUUCUAUGUUGUUCAUUCCUUAAAUAUAUACAUGUAUAUGUUUCAUUUUUUUGUUUGUAGCAACUGCAUAUUAAAUGCUGAUAAAUGAGUAAACAGAU